CAACGAAAUUAAAAAUUAUCACCCUGAUUUCCCAGUUAUCGAACCUUUUUUUCAGAAAUUUAAGUAAAAUGCCGUCUGAAAUUCGUCCUACGUUGAAAUUCACGCGUCUGAGCGAGCAUGCUUUUCCACCUGUUAAGGGUUCCGAGAAGGCAGCCGGUUUCGACCUAAAAAGCGCCUACGACUACGUAGUGCCUGCUCGCGGCAAGGAACUGGUAAAGACAGACCUUCAGAUUGAGCUACCAUCAGGGUGCUAUGGUCGCGUGGCGCCGCGGUCGGGUUUGGCUGUAAAAAACUUCAUUGAUGUUGGAGCUGGAGUAAUAGAUGAAGACUACCGUGGCAAUGUUGGAGUAGUGCUAUUUAACCACUCUAAUCAGGAGUUCACAGUAAAAAAAGGUGAUCGAAUUGCCCAACUCAUUUGUGAAAAGAUCUACUACCCUGACCUUUUAGAGGUGGCUGAUUUGUCUGAGACUAAAAGGGCUGAAGGAGGAUUCGGUUCUACUGGGACAAAUUAGAUUUUUAUUUGUCUAUUAGAAGGAAGGAUACAUUUUCAUUAGUGUUAAGUUAGACUUAUUAAGGUAAAUGAGGAAGCUUGUUUCUAGUAAUUAUGUGUAUGUUUGCCUAUUUGCUUUUACAGUUUGUGUUGUCAAUGGGAUCUGAAGUUUAUACCAAAACCAUAAGUUAAAAAAAAUUUAAAACCUAACAAAAUGUUUUUAAUAAAUAGGC